AAUGUAAUGAAAAUGUCAUUAUUGACGUGAAAAGUUGAGUUCGGUCGAUUAGUGCUAAGCUCCGAAAAUUCAAUACCCGACAAAAUGUCGCUGUGGUCAACGCUGAAUCGAAAUGUGUUCAAAAGAACAUCAACUUUUGCUGUUGCCGUAGCAGGCGGAACAUUUUUCUUCGAAAGAACCUUCGAAGUAAUAUCAGUUUCGAUUUUCGAAAGUGUAAAUAAGGGAAAACUCUGGAAAGACAUCAAGCACAAGUACGAGUAAUGUGUAAAAAAAGGAAACACCAAUGAAUUAAUUUCUUAGUUAUAUUGUUAACAUGAUUAAAUUAUAUUAAUUUACAAA